GGAGAAGCCAAGGCCAGCAGCAUCUUUAUGAACAAUCUCACAUGUCUACUACUAGCUCGGGGACUGCACGGACUUGUCAUUACUAUGACAAACCCGGCCAUAUUCAGAAAUUUUGCUACAAGCUACAUGGGAGACCGGUACCAGGGCAGCAACAACGGUUUGCAAAUACUGCAUCCGGUAUUGAUUCUUUCUCACAAUCUUCCGAAGGCAAGGUAGUUGUUAUGUCUGAAGAAGAGUUUGCUCGGUACAAUCAAUCUCAUAUUUCACAGCCUACUUCUUCCACUGCUACUUCAAGUCAGACAGGUAAUGCCAAUGUGUGUCUUUCAGCUGCUUCUCGUCCUUGGAUCAUUGAUUCGGGGGCUUCUGAUCAUAUGUCGGGUUUUUCAGGAUCUAGAUACGAAGAGGACGAUUGGUAGAGGACGUGAGGAAGGGGUCAUGUAUGUACUUGAAGACACAACAUCUUUUGCAUACUCUAGUGUUACCUCUCUACAUCGGAUCCACUGUUGACUUGGUCAUCCUUCUUUUCAGAGUCUCUAGAAAUUAGAUUCCGGUUUUAAGUCUCUUUCUACUUUAGAGUGUGAGUCAUGUCAACUCGGGAAACUACAUCGUGCUAGUUAUCUACCUCGAGUCAUUAAACGAACAGCGUCUCCUUUUUUGUUAGUUCAUUCGGAUGUUUAGGGUCCGUGUCAUGUGACUUCCAAUUUGGGUUAGAUAUUUUGUUACUUUUGUUGAUGACUAUUCCGGAGUUACUUGGUUAUAUUUAAUGAAAAGUCGUUUAGAGUUGUUUUCUAUAUUUUCUACAUUUAUAUCUGAAAUUCAUACUCGGUUUGGUGUGCGGGUUAAAGUUUUGCGUUCUAAUAACGCAAAGGAAUAUUUUUCUGCACCUUUUUCUGAUUUUAUGAGACAGCAUGGUAUGAUUCAUGAAUCUUCAUGUUCCGAUAUUCCAUAACAAAAUGGUGUUGCUGAACGGAAGAAUAGACAUUUAUUGAAAGUCACUAGAUCUAUGUUGUUUGAGAUGAAGGUCCCUAAAACCUUUUGGUCCGAUGAUGUCUUGAUUGCGUGCUAUCUCAUUAAUCGUAUGCCUUCUUCUA